AUGAAGCAGUUUACUUCUCAAGUCCUUGGGGCUGCCGCUCUCGCUCAUGGCGCCUCAGCACAACUUUACAACCAAGUAAUUCAAACGAACUACGGACCUGUUCAAGGUAUUCCCGCCUUCAACUCUUCCCCAAAUGGUAACAUUUCGAACUGGGAGGAUAUCACCGUCUGGAAAGGUAUUCCAUAUGGUGCUGAUACCUCUGGCGAGAAUCGAUGGACACCUCCAAAGAAUGCAACACCUUGGAAUACCACUCUUCAAGCAAACAAGAUGGGUCCUAUUUGCGGACCAGGCAAUCCAUCUACAACCGGCGGCACUGUCAGCGAAGAUUGUUUGAACCUUAAUAUCUGGACCAACGGCAAUUCUACCGAUGCCAAGCUCCCAGUUGUUUUUUGGUCUUUCCCAGCAGGUGGUGCUGCCGAUCAACCUUUGUUUGACGGUGCCGGAAUGGCGUCUCAAGGGAUUGUCUUCGUCAAUUACAACUACCGUAUCAGUGCUCUUGGUUGGCUUUCAACUCCAGAGCUUUCGGAGGAAAUGUACAAAGCUACUGGAUCUAACAGUUCCGGAAAUUGGGGACAGCUUGAUCAAAUCCACGCUUUGAAAUGGGUACAUGCCAACAUUGCUGCAUUCGGUGGUGAUCCAGGCCAUAUCACCGUUAUGGGUCAAUCCGCUGGGUCAGCUGCUGUCUACCACUUUGUUAACAGUCCAUUAUCAAAGGGACUUAUUGUCAGAGCCAUCGCCGAGUCAGGAACGCGUGAUCCAUACGAUCCUGAGGCCCUUACUCUUGCCGAGAAUUAUCGUAACCAGUCUUAUGCUCUCGCAUCCGGUUUAGAGUACAUGGCUUCCAAGAAUGUUAGCACCAUCGCUGAGAUGCGAGCUCUCCCUCUCGCUGAUCUCGAAGAGUCUCUUUUCGGAGGUACAUUCUCCGAUAAAUUCGGUAAUGUACUUGACGGUUAUGCUAUCCCAGCCAAAUAUAUUGAGACACUUGCCACUGGCCCAGCAAACGAUGUUCCAUACAUCACUGGAAACACCAAAGAUGAGUCCGGAGCAGCCACAAGUACCAAUCUCACAGUUGCCGAGUACGAAGCUGAAAUCGAAGCACAAUACGGUGCUUACAACCUUUCAUCCACAUUCUUGGAGCUUUAUCCAGCCUCAAACACCACUCAAGCAAGUAUGGCAUAUAAUGCUCACUGUCGCAAUACUUCCCGUGUCUCCAGUUGGUCGUUUGCCAAUCGCUGGUCUGUUAAGUCCAAGUCGCCUAUCUGGACAUACUACUGGGAUCAUGCCCCUCCAGGACAAACUCAAGGCGCUUAUCACGAGUCUGAGAUCAACUAUGUUCUCAACAAUCUCUACGGAACUGAUAAGCCAUGGGAAGCUGUUGAUUUUGAGAUUGCUCUCAAGAUGAACGGAUACUGGGCAAACUUUGCUAAGACUUUGAACCCCAACAACGGAGGCUCCUACAAAGGGAACGGAACCUUACCACAAUGGAGUGCGAACUCAGAAACCGACAUGGUGACUAUGGAAGUUGGUUAUGGAUUUGAAGAGGUUCCUAUUGGUAGUGCAGACCAAGUUGCUGCGAUUACCAAAUACUUUUCCUACCAGAACCCCGUUUAG